AUGCCGCCUGUCCCCUUCCAUUUUUCCUUUCUCAUUCCCCCCCUUGCCAGCCUGGAAUUCGGCCACAAGCCCAAUCGAUCCCUCUUCGAUGCGCUCUUCUGUCACAUGCACCACGUGGGUCGCAGGGGGCUGCAUGGAGUUGUCAUUUUCGUCUCCUUUGUGCGCCCUUCACCCCCUCUCUUCCUACCCUUCUCUUCUCCCUCUACCAUCAGCCUGGACCUGGAUUUCGCCCACGAGCCCAAUCGAGCGCUCUUCGAUGCUCUCUUCCGUCACAUGCACCACGUGGGUCGCAGGGGGUGCCACCGCGCUGCCUUUGAGCUAUGUCGCCUGCUGCUCUCCCUCGAUCCCGACACCGACCCUCUUGGCGCUCUCCAGUGCAUUGACUUCUACGCCCUCAGAGCACGCCAGUUCACCUGGCUGCACGAUUUCGUGGACCAAUGGGGGGGUGACACGUCACUGGCUGUGCUGCCCAACUUCUGCUUCGCCCUGGCCCAGGCGAGGCUGGGGGAGGCCGAGGGGGAUGGAGAGGGGGAGAGGGGGGAGGGGAGUGGGGAGGCGGCCAAUGGCGCGUCGCCAGCUGGCAGGAACCGUGCCGCUGCCGCUGCUGCUGCUGCUGCUGCUGCCGCUGCUGCUGCUGCUCCUGACGCCGCGUCUCUCCUGCGCGAUGCCCUCUUCCUGCACCCGUACGUCUCAUGCCCUCAUCUCCACCGUUCCUCCUGUCCUCUUAAUCAUCUAGUGGUGAGGUACGUGCUGAAGGGGUUAGUAGAAAAGGCCCCGAUCAAGACCGACGCAUCCUGGACGUCCAUUCUCAAGCACCCACUAUUCGCGAGGACAACACCUGGCAGCGCGUCAUUGGAGCAUCUGGUGCGGCUGUACGUGGAGCGCAGUGCCGUGCUGUGGCGGGGGGAGGGCGUGCAGGCGCUGCUGAAGCGCGUGGCGGGGGAGGUGGUGGCGACGGUGGAGAGGGAGAGGCGGGAGGGCCGCGGGGACGGGGAGAUGGAGAGCUGGCAGUGCGUGCGGGAGGUGUCGUUUCCGUCAGGAUUGAACGCAUACCGCCACCUUCUGCUAUCCGAUUUCUCCGAUGCCGCCCCGACUCUGCCGCCCGAGGAGCUCAUGGCGAUGCAACAAGACGAAGCCGGCCGGCAGCGCCGCCCGGGAGCCCACGGUCUCGGCUUCUUGAUUGGUGCAGGCGCUGGCGCUGCUGGUGGGGGCGGGGGAGGCGGAGGGGGAGGAGGAGGGGGAAUGGGUGCAGGGGCAGGGGGAGGAGGGGCAAGGCAGGGGCAGGGGCAGCAGGUGGAUCUAGCAGGGAGGAACCCUCUGAUGGUGUUUCUAGAGGCGAUGCUGCCAUGGAACGACUUUGGGGGAGCGGGAGGUGCGGCAGGGAUGGGGGCAGGGGUGGGGAUGAAUGGGGAGGCGCAGCAGGCGGCUCUGGCUGCUGCUGUUGCUGCUGCUGGUGAUGGGGAGGAGGAUGAGGAUGAGGAUGAUGGUGAUGACGAUGACAUCGAGGAGCUUGAAAUGGAGGAGAGGCGAUAG